GCAGGAAAGUAAGGUGAAUGAAAGCCGCGCCGUGUGAGCGCUGCCGUGGGCAUAAACUCCUUCCACAGUUUCUGUUCCUGGGACCCACAUGAGUACAUGCCGCGCCCCGUCCUGCCAUCCUGGCCUCUGAUGGACGAGACAAUGGACAAUGGCGAGGCUGAACACCAGCAGCAACGUGCGGUUACACCGCCAGCACCCGCCUCCAUGUGUCGAUGCACACAUCGUUUUUAGUAUCGCAUUACCAUCUGAAAGCAUUUGGACCUUGUAUUUAAAAGCACAGGUCACGCUUGGUUGAGGCAUUGACAGAGCCCGUGUUUACAACUGGCCGGUGUAUGCUGUAGUGUUGUCUCUCCUGUGCUGGCCCGUGGCCAGGGCACCGGCGCUGCUAAACACACACGUGUAUGCGGAGUGCCAGCUUCCCCGGGGGGAGGAAUAUCACAACACUUAUCAGCUUUGGUUGGGUCGCGGGGGAAUAAGUCCCGACAAGCCAACAUCUGCAACGUUCGGCAGCGAGUGACGGGUUGAGUUGUGAGCGAGGGAGAGGAAGCGAUGAGUUACGUGUCCACGCUUCACAUCAGAUUGCAGAAAGCCUCCAGGCCGGCGGGCAGGGCAGGGGAUGCCAGCAACAAGUCUAUGUCGGCAGCCCAGGCCGAGGGCGGAGCGGGGGAGCCGCGGGCAGAGUGCCCGGUUUUCACAAAACCCCUGACGGAUGUCACAGCUGAUGAAAGCAGCACCAUCGUACUGCAGGGCACAGUUGUUGGAACAAGUCCAAUCACCAUCUCCUGGUUACUAAAUGGUAAGGCUGCAAAGUUUGGCCAUGCUUCUGUCAGUGAUGGUGUUGCUCAGUGGGUGAUUGAGGACUGCUUGCCAGAGGAUGCUGGCACGUAUGUGUGUGUUGCAGAAAGUCCCUGGGGAAGAGUAUCAAGCAGUGCAACAGUGACCAUUCGAGACUUUGAAACACUUCAACGGUCAAAACAGUUACCCAAAGAGUUGAGAAGUACUAACUGUGAGGGCGGCUUUGGUAAAACCCAUUCAGGACAUGGAGCAAGUGGUUACAGCUUGCAAUGCCAGGGUGAAAAGGCACCAUUUUCAUCAGGUCUUUUGUGUUCAGAAGAUAGGAAUCAAAAGUUGAAGAACAAAAGUUUUCCUAAAGGAAACGAAGAGGAGGAAGUGGUGGAGUUUUGUGUAACAAUCAACACCUCUGAGAAGCUAACGGACCUGUAUAUACAGCAGGAGUGUCUUGGAGUAGGAGCGUUUGGUAAAGUGUACAAGUUGUUGGGAAAAUCUAGCGGAAAGAUCCGAGCAGGCAAGUUUUACAAAGCCCGCACACUUAAAGACAAGAAGAGCGCUCGUGAUGAGAUUGAGAUCAUGAACUGUCUACACCACCCAAAGUUGGUGCAGUGCCUUGAUGCAUUCGAGAACAGAUCUGAGAUCGUCAUGGUGAUGGAAUAUGUGUCUGGAGGGGAGCUCUUUGAGCGUAUUGUGAACGAGGAUUUUGAGCUGACAGAGCCGACCUGCAUCUCGUACAUCUGCCAGAUCCUACAAGGGGUGAGCUUCAUGCACCAACAAAGCAUUGUGCACCUGGACCUGAAGCCGGAGAACAUUGUGUGUGUCAACAAGGACAGCACAUGUAUCAAAAUAAUUGACUUUGGACUGGCCCGGAAACUCGAUUUAAAUGGGUCCCUGAAAGUCAUGUUUGGAACACCAGAGUUUGUGGCACCAGAAGUCAUCAAUUAUGAUUCUGUCGGAUUUCCUACAGACGUUUGGAGCAUUGGUGUUAUCUGUUACAUCCUGCUGAGCGGCGUGUCACCAUUCCAAGGUGACAGUGAUGCGGACACCCUGACUAAUGUCACUGCCAUUUGCUGGGAGUUUGAUGAGGAUGCAUUCGCUGAGAUCUCUGGAAAGGCAAAGCAUUUUAUCAGCCAUUUGUUGCUGAAGGAUAUGAGGAAGCGUUUAACAUGCGAGGACUGCCUGCAUCAUCCGUGGCUUCAGAACAGAGAAAAGAGUUCAGCCAAGAUGCUGUCAAAGGACAGAAUGAAGCAAUUCUUAGCCAGGCAGAAGUGGCGGAAAGCAGGAAAGGUACUUCUCGCCCUCAACAGAUUGGCUUUGCCGUUAAGCAAGCAGGAUGAAUCAGAAUCUGUGCUCGAACCUCAGGACAAAUCCGUGGUGAGUCUGACCCAGCACCAGGAGGUGCUGUCUCUCAAGGAUGAGCAGAUCCAGAGGACACCAUUGUUCAGUAAGAGCUUGCAGGAUGUGGAGGAGCUGGAAAGCAGUACAUGCUGCCUGCACUGUCACGUUGAAGGUUAUCCUGACCCUGAAGUGGUCUGGUACAAGAAUGGUGACGCACUGACUGAGUCCUCCCACUAUCAAAUAGACUAUCAGGAGGACGGGAGCUGCUCGCUGAUCAUCACUAACGUUACUCAGGAAGACUCUGGCUAUUACACAUGCAAAGCAUUGAACGAUCUGGGUGAGAAGACGUGCUCAGCAACAUUGGUUGUCUACCCACUGGAGCUGCCCCACCGCAGUUAGACACAUGGCAUCAGGAGAUGAACAAAUGUGCAGGACGUCACUGCCCACAACUCUGCCCUCAACGUCACUGUGUGAGCGACAUUCACCACUGAGAAACUAGUAUUCUGCUGCCUGCCUCCAGCCAUUGCUCCCAUGUCAGAGGUCCCUGGCUAUUCUGAAGACACUGGUUGGUGGAGGUUGCUCCCAACCUACACACCACAGUUAUGUGUGCACAUUUCAGGGUAUUGAUGGUCGCAACUCUCACCAUUCCUUGAAUGCCUAGGGUGGGGACUGCCUUUGUAGUGUGGGGACUGCCUUUUAAACAUGUCUCUCAUCACAUGCUCAGAGUCCAUUGGACACACACAGGAGUAACUAUGCAGCAGCUGAUCCAGAACAUUUAAAACCAUUUCACUCUACUCAUUCCUUGCAGCAAUGGAUAAUGCGGACGCUUGCCGUUUCCAGUUACUUCCUACUUUUUGAUUUGCAGAAGCUGAGGUUUAAACAUUUAGCGGCAUGCUUCACACAGUUAUACACAAAUAUAUUGAAAAUAUUUAGAUUUAGGCAAGGAUUACUGGUCUUAAUGACUACAGGCCUGUCGCACUGACCUCUGUAGUCAUGAAGACCCUUGAAAGGUUUGUGCUGGCUAAGCUGAAAAAUAUACCAAACCCCCUGCUGGACCCUCUGCAGUUUGCAUAUCGGGCCAAUAGAUCUGUGGAUGAUGUAGCAAUGCGGGCCUGCACUUCAUCCUCCAGCACCUUGACCACCAGGGGACCUAUGCGAGGAUUUUGUUUUUAGCUCUGCAUUCGACACCAUUGUGCCAGAGCUACUACACUCCAAACUUUCCAAGUUGACUGUGCCUGAACCUCUCUGUCGGUGGAUCACCAGCUUCCUGACAGACAGGAAGCAGCAUGUGAGGCUGGGAAAGCACAUCUUGGACCCGCAAACGCUCAGCAUAGGAGCCCCUCUCCUCUACUCUCUCUACACCAAUGACUGCACCUCCACGGUCUCCUCUGUCAAGCUUUUCAAGUUUGCGGACAUCACAAUCCUGAUUGGACUGAUCCUGGAUGGGGAGUAAUCUGCCUACGGACAGGAAGUGUUACAGCUGGCGUCCUGGUGCCAUCGCAACAACCUGGAGCUCAAUGCUCUUAAGGCAGUUCAAUUGAUUGUAGACUUUAGGAGAGCUUCCCCUCCCCUCACCCUGCUCACUAUCAACAACACCACAGUCACAUCUGUGGAGUCUUUUAAGUUCCUGGAAACCAUCAUCUCCAAGGACCUUAAGUGUGGGGGCUACCAUCGACUCCACAGUCAAAAAGACACAACAGAGGAUGUACUUCCUGCGGCAGCUGAGGAAGCACAAUCUGCUACAGGCAAUGAUGGUCCAAUUCUAUACAACCAUCGUAGAGUCUGUCCUCACCUUCUCCAUCAUGGUCUGGUUUGGCUCAACCACCAAGCACGACACCUGGAGGCUGCAGCAAAUUGUCCGAUUUGCUGAGAAGGUUAUUGGCUGCAACCUUCCCUCCAUUGAUGAACUGUACACAGCAAGAGCCAGGAAGCUAACCAGGGUAAGAUCAUCUCUAGCCCCUCUCACCCUGGCCACAACCUCUUUGAAUCACUUCCCUCUGGAAGGCGUCUCCGGACUGUCAAAGCUGCCACAGCCAGACAUAAAAACAGCUUUUUUCCCCACGAGUAGUGGCUCUACUCAAUAACCAAAAAUCUGUAGCCUCGUUUUGCUCUGGUAUUUUAUUUCAUCCACAUGUUUAAUCAAUAAUGUUUUAUUAUUAAUGUUUUAUGUGUCAUUCUUAGCUGUCACUGUAUGUCAUGUUGUCGCUUGUGGGCAGAGCACCAAGGCAAAUUCCUUGUAUGUGAAUACUUG